AUGGCAGAAGACAGCGUCACUGCAAGUGGAGGUGGAGCCCGGAAACGAGGCCGCCCGCGGACUGUGACCGAUCAGCAAGUGCCAGAGACUACAAAAUGCACAUCAUGCUCACCCGUGUGUCUUCAGAAACGCCGUAAGCAACUUCGCCUGGCGCAACAGGCGUACCGCCGACGCAAGGAGGACACCAUCGACGCGCUGCAGACUCGCGUGCAUGGACUGGAAUCGGGCAUUGAAGAGCUGAGCCAGUCGUUCCUGUCCUUCAGUACGCUGCUGCUGCUGGAGACCGGCCAACUUGAGCAACACCCGCAGAUCACAUCGGCGCUCCAGAAUAUCACCCAGCAAUGCGUGUCGCUCGCCAAGAAGGCAAGCGACGAAGGCGAAGCCGCUUCCAGUGCGACAGCGGAUGAUUCAGAUAAGACCGGUGCCAUUCCAGAGAGUGGAACACCAGAGCAAGAUGUCACUCCCAUUCACUCAUUGCCCACACCUACGAGUGACACCUUCCAAACCACACCAGCACCUCCAUUAGAAUGGCCCGAAGCAUCGCUCUCAACUACAGCAGCAGCAGAAGCCUCAGAUCCAGCAAUUCUACCUUUCGGUCUGGUCCUAUCAUCCCCCAAAUCAUCCUCACCUACUUUCAGCGACCUCUUCUCCCCGUCCCCAACAACCUUCCUCCCCAGCCAACUCACAACAGAGCAGCCAUGGUCCCUGUCCCAACGCCUAGUCCGAGAAUGCUGCCACCACGGGUACCAACUAUUAGUGCACACGCCGGACAACAUCAUGAAAAUCACCCAGGUCUUCGGAACCCCACUCGGAGACUCAGAGCGCAACCGGUUCAUCACGGCCUUCUGCACCGUGAUCUAUGGCGGGAACAGCAACUUGCUCGAAAGGAAAUCCAACGCGCUGGCUGCCAUCCAGCCUAAGACGAACGUCUUCACCCUCGAGCAGAUGGAGAUCUCUGCGCGGAUGUGGAAACUCGCUGUUCAGUCCGGGGACGUGGAAUGGCUGGAUGCGAGUGGGGUGCAGAAGUUCCUGCGCGAGAGAGGGGUUCGUCUGCAUGGGGAUGGCGCUGCGCUGGGGGGUCGGCGGAGGGGGUCGAUGCCGCCACAGUUUGAUGUGACGGCUUUUGUUAAACGUGAGUUAUCUCGCAUCUAUAUUCUUUUGUCUCUUGUCUUCUUUUUUUUUUUCAUGAUUGUUUCGCUGACAUUCAUCCAGUCCUCUCUGCUGGUUGUAUCUGUGUUGGGCACGGACCGGUGUUUCGGCGACGAGAUGUAG